AUGUCGUAUGCCUACCUCUUCAAGUACAUCAUCAUCGGAGAUACCAGGGUUGGAAAAUCAUGUCUUCUUCUGCAAUUCACUGACAAGAGGUUUCAGUCGGUGCAUGACUUGACCAUUGGUGUUGAAUUUGGAGCCAGAAUGGUCACCAUCGACAACAAACCUAUAAAGCUUCAAAUUUGGGACACGGCUGGUCAAGAAUCAUUCAGGUCUAUCACAAGGUCAUACUACAGAGGGGCUGCAGGGGUUGGAAAAUCAUGUCUUCUUCUGCAAUUCACUGACAAGAGGUUUCAGCCGGUGCAUGACUUGACCAUUGGUGUUGAAUUUGGAGCCAGAAUGGUCACCAUCGACAACAAACCUAUAAAGCUUCAAAUUUGGGACACGGCUGGUCAAGAAUCAUUCAGGUCUAUCACAAGGUCAUACUACAGAGGGGCUGCAGGUGCACUGCUGGUUUAUGAUAUCACUAGGAGGGAGACAUUUAAUCACCUUGCUAGCUGGUUAGAAGAUGUCAGACAGCAUGCAAAUGCAAACAUGACUAUUAUGCUCAUAGGCAACAAGAGUGAUCUUGGUCACAGAAGGGCUGUAAGCACAGAGGAAGGUGAGCAGUUUGCCCAGGAACAUGGCCUAAUAUUCAUGGAAGCCUCUGCAAAAACUGCUCAGAAUGUUGAGGAGGCAUUUAUAAGCACUGCUGCAACAAUCUAUAAGAAGAUUCAGGACGGAGUUUUUGAUGUAUCAAAUGAGUCUUAUGGGAUUAAAGUCGGAUACGGUGGCAUUCCAGGGCCAUCAGGAGGAAGAGAUGGUGUUGUUUCUCAAGGAGGUGGUUGUUGCGCUUGA